ACCAGUUUCAACUGGCCCACCUGUAGUCCAUGUCGAAGUGGCCUAAUUUGACAAUGUAUUGUCGCACAAAAGAGGGAAAAAAGAGGUCGUCUAAAACCUUUGUUAAACCUCUGCUCUUCCGUUAAACGGCUAUGGCUCACCACCAGCGCUGCCAACGGUAAUCCUAACAGUGUCGGAAACUUCAAACUCCAUAUUUGACGGACCAUUCAAGUUCGAUGAAUCAUUAAAUGUUUAGAACGUUCAGAGUUUGAGAUACGGUAUAGCAAUUCAGCGACAAAUGUUGUGGUUACAACGUGGAAAAUCACUUUGGAACCUAGAACCCAUUAGACGAUCUUCAAAACCACCAUGGCUUUCGGUGAUGUUCCUUCCUUACUCAGAUGCUCCUUACAAGAAGGCUAAGGCUGCUCCUUUACAGGAAACCAGAAUGAGGGACAAAUUUACGCUGUAUUGCAAAGGAGGUGAUGGUGGCAGCGGUUGUUCUAGCUUCCGCCGUAGCCGGCAUGAUCGCCGUGGUACACCUGAUGGUGGGAAUGGUGGAAGAGGUGGUGAUGUGAUUCUAGAAUGUUCUCCUUCAGUUUGGGACUUCAGCGGUUUGCAAAAUCAUGUUAAAGCGGAUAGAGGAGGGCAUGGAACUGCAAAGAAUAUGAUAGGAAGCCGAGGAAAAGACAAGGUUGUCCUGGUGCCAGUUGGCACUGUAAUUCAUCUUAUCGAGGGUGAAAUUCCAACUGUGAUUGAAAACUGUUCAGAAACAAAUUUGGAUCCCUGGGACCUUCCUGGUACCCUUGAUAGUAAUCUGUCUGAAUCUGAUCAGCAUUCUGUCAUUAAGAAUACAACUGUGCCAGAGGAAGUCAAGUCUGUGUGCAGUACCGGUGAUUCAUCACCUCAUAAAGAGAUAAAGUUAGAGGCAUUAGCAAGCCUGCAGCACACCACUCAAGUUGAGAGGGAAGAUGAAGAACAAAUACAAUAUAAUGUUGCAGAAUUAACCAAGCAAGGUCAGCAAAUCAUCAUUGCUUGUGGAGGAGAGGGUGGUUUGGGUAAUGUGUGUUGUCCAAGUGUUUCAAAGAAACCUAAGGUUACAAAUUCUGGGGUCCUUGGGGAUGGUGUAUUGGUUCAUGAAGUAUCCGAUGAUGAUAAAUCCUCCCUCAGUACUGGUUUGCCUGGUUCAGAGGCUGUUGUUGUACUUGAACUCAAAAGCAUUGCUGAUGUGGGCUUUGUGGGGAUGCCAAAUGCUGGCAAAAGUACUCUUCUAGGGGCUAUAUCGAGGGCUAGGCCUACAGUGGGCCAUUAUGCCUUCACAACUCUAAGGCCUAAUUUAGGGAAUCUUAAUUUUGAUGACUUAUCGAUUACAGUGGCUGACAUUCCCGGAAUCAUAAGCGGUGCCCAUCAGAAUCGUGGACUUGGACAUGCUUUUCUACGGCAUAUAGAACGCACAAAGGUUCUGGCUUAUGUGGUAGACUUGGCUUCUGGGUUAGAUGGUAGAAAGGGAAUUCCACCAUGGGAGCAGCUUAGAGAUUUAAUUUUAGAGCUUGAGUACCAUCAGGAGGGCUUAUCUGAUCGGCCGUCCUUAGUAGUAGCAAAUAAAAUUGAUGAAGCAGGUACUGAGAAAGUUUACGAAGAACUGAAAAGAAGAGUGCAGGGUGUUCCUAUGUAUCCAGUGUGUGCUGUCUUGGAGGAAGGAGUUUCAGAGGUGAAAGAUGGUCUUAGGAUGCUUGUGAAUGGUGAAAAAUUAGAGAGACUCAGUUUAGAAAAAAUAUUAUUACAAUAAUAAUGCUUGGCACCGAGAUGAAAACUUAGGUUGAUGUUUCAGUUUCUAAUAACAUUUGGGUUAUUUUCAGAAUGAAUAUGAUAUGUAAAUUAAUAUCAUUUUUCAGCUGUGACAUAU